AUGCCUCUCGAAAAUCGACCACGACUUCCCCGCAUACCCGUAAGCAAGCAAAAUAGGGCUGUCCUGAGGGCUCUUAACCCAAUACUGGUGACCUAUUUGGAAGCCAGACUGGACCUGUGUGAGACGGACCCAAUUAUUUUUGGCGCCGCAGUCGCAAUUUGCCGUAUUAUUGGCGCCAAAGUUCCCAUGGCUGGACGCGCUACGAAACAAAGUAGCGUCAUCACAGCCCGGAGAAAAAGAUUUGAGGACCGUAUCGCAAAGGCAAGGGCCCUUAUCGGCAGAGUGACAAGCUUCAGGUCAGGUAAUAAUAGACCGAGGGUUGUGGGCACCGUUAGAAUGGCGUUUGCUGGGACAAAUAUCAGUUUUUCUCAGCCGGAUAUCACGCAGAAACUAACGGAGCAUAUAGACGACCUGAAGCAAAAAAUCCCUGCAUGGGGGAAGCGUAUUCGAUUAUUUACCGAGAUUUCAAGGCGAUUCAACCAAGAUCAUCUCUUCCAGAGUGAUCAGAAGAGGCUCUAUAAAUCACUGGAGCAACCAGGGGUAUGUGGAGCGGGCUCAGGAUCAGAUAAGACCAACACUGUCGCAUUCUGGCGUGGCCUGUGGUCAGAGCCCAUAAACCACAGCGAGGGCUCUUGGAUGGAAGUUGUGGCGAGCCAGGCUGCGAGUGUUACUAUGAACCCCGUCAUUAUUAUGCCGGAAUACUGCAUCGUUACUGGCGGAAGGGGUUGGUAG